UGAUGAACUAAAAAGAAUCUUUGUUUUACAGAAAGUGCGGAGUGUCUGCUUGACGGGAGCGCUUCUUGUCCUCAGUGGGGACAUUUAAGUGUUUUCAGCCGUCAGUCCAACCGGCUGUGGACUUUAUCCGGAAUAUAACUUUUUUGUUGGUCUCUGGGAUCUGAACCAACCUGCUCAGUAAAAACUUUUUUCUAUCCAGGAGGGUCUUCUGUGCGUUUCUGACAUGCCUCUCAGCCCCUUUGUUGCGUUUGUGUUCAUUUUAUACUUCACAGUGGGCUCUGGGACCAUAGUAUAUGACACCUACAAUGACUUUGUAGAACAAGACUACACUCCUCAACUGGACUACAAAGACCCACACUGGUGUCAUUCUCCGAGUCUGACCAAUGGGGAGGUGACCUGCCACUCCCCUCGCGGUGGCGCCUACCGGAGCACAUUGGGCACCCGCUGUGAGAUGAGCUGCGAUCGAGGUUACCGACUGCUGGGGAAGAGCUCAAUCCAAUGCCUCGCCAGCCGGCGCUGGUCUGGGACUGCUUACUGCCGCAGGAUGCGAUGCCAUGUGCUGCACCUCAUUCCACACGGCAGAUACACCUGCACUCAUGGCUUUGUGGUGGACUCCAGGUGCGACUUCACCUGCAAUCCCGGCUAUCGCAUUGAGGGGGAACACUCUCGUACCUGUCUGCAUGGGGGAUCGUGGAGUGGAGCACAGCCAGUUUGUGCAGAUACUGAUCCUCCAAAGAUCAAGUGUCCUCCAUCCAGACUCAAGGUCGCCGAGCCCGGAAAACUCACUGCUACAGUGACCUGGGACCCCCCCGCUGCCACAGAUACUGCUGAUAAAUCCCUUGAAGUCAUAUUAGUAGGCCAGGAGCCAGGCACCGACUUUAAAGAAGGAGCAAACAUCAUCCGUUACAAAGUGUACGAUCAGGCCAGGAACAGAGCUGCCUGCAAGUUUAUUGUGCGUGUUGAGGUGAGAAGAUGUUCAACUCUACCUCCACCUCUGCACGGUUACCUCACCUGCUCCUCUGACGGGAAUAACUACGGUGCAACAUGUGAAUACCACUGUGAAGGAGGGUAUGAACUGAGGGGCGUAGCUAGUCGUGUCUGCCAGUUCAACCGCAACUGGGGCGGAAACCCUGCUGAGUGUGUUCCAAUGGAGAUUAAACCAGAUGUAAAGACAGCUUCCGCUCUCCUGGAUCAGUUCUAUGAGAAGAGGAGGUUGCUGAUCAUGUCUGCACCCAACAUAUCUGACCCAGACUACCAACUGCAGAACAUCAUGAUACAAAAAUCAGACUGUGGAUUAGACCUGCGACAUGUAACUGUGAUCGAGCUCCUGGGCUCCCCGCCUCGUGAGACGGGUCGCAUUAAAGAAAAUCUGCUCAGCUCUGAAGUCAUCGAGGGUUUGAGACAAGCAUUCAGAAUCUCCAGAUCCUACUUCAGCAUGCUGCUGCUGGACGAGCUUGGAAUGGACCGAGAACGCUUCAUUACCCCGAUGGCGUCGGAUGAGCUGUUCUCCUACAUCGAUAGCUUCCUGCUGGACGAAGAGGAACGAGAGAGGCUGGAGCUCCACAGGGACUUCUGUGACUAAUUUAAUAAACCUCUCUGGUUGCCACGGUGAUAAACUCAUCAGUAUUACUAACACAAGAUGAAGAAGGACAAACAACCAGAAACCAGGUCGAGAGGGACAUUAGGAGGGAAAAGAGGACAAGAAGGCAGUUCUCCUAAUGUUCAAAUGAGAUCACUACACAACACUGAAGUGCUGCACUGUUUUAACUUUAUAUCAAAUCAGCUGAAAGGCACAGGGGCCAGAAAAUGGACGCCACAGCUACAGAAUAUAGAGCAGACAAGCUUGAGUAAAACACAUUAGUAAACAAAGACCUACGUACAUUUUGAACAAUAGAUGCAUAAAAUUAGGCUGGAUGCAUGACGUAGAUUUGGAUUUUUGUCAAGGAGCCCGUUAGUAAAUCUGAUAUUAACUGAAAACCAAAACCAAACAACCACUUCAUCAAAAGACUACUGAGGAACCCUCCAGUGGACAGAUCAUUUUUUUAUCCAGCUGGUAUUUGAGUGAAACAGAGUUGAGACAAUGAAGCAUGUCUUGGGUUUUGUCCAAUUUUAUUGGGUGAAUUCCUUGACGUGAACAUGACUCUGAUCACACUCCAAUGAUGAGUUAAAAGUUAAAAAUCUACAUUUAUAUCUUCAAGUAGACACAUUUAAUAAUUUCAAUUCAGGCUUUUUUUAAGAAAGGUAUAUAAAUAUAAUUUUUUACAGUAUUAAUGUAAAAUACAAUGAUAUAGAUAAAACCAAGUAGAAUUGGUAGGGAACAACACCAGAAAUGUUAUAAUAUGUUAAAAUGAAUCAGUGUAAUUCUGUACACAAUUAUAAAGAAAAGUGACACAUUAUGACAUGCAUGAUUUUGAAUUGCAAUAAUACAUAAAGCCGGAAAUUAAAAAGCAUGAAUUGAA